AUGUCCAGUCAGUCGACUCCAAUCCGUCGUUCUCAGCGUAUCAAGGAGGUACAAAGCUCUCAGCCGGUUAUCGAUGAUGAAGAAAUUGAAGAUUCAGCUUAUGAAGAUCAAGAUGAAAGUUAUGGAGAAACAACGCCUAAAAAGAGGAAAAGAACUACAAAAGGCCCUGGGAAACCUGCUAAUUCAUCCAAAAAGUCUAAGCGGAAUCCAGAAGAUGUUUUGGCUGAAAUGAGGGAGAAUUUUGAAGAACAUUAUAUUUUCCAGGCAUUAAAUGAUUCAGAAGCUUCAAUAUCAGAAUUGGCUAAUGAUUGGCUUGAACAAUACAAAAGUAAUAAAGAUUUGGCUAAAAAGGAUUUGGUGAAUUUGAUUUUGAACGUCGUUGGUUGUUAUACUACAAUUGAAGAACAUGAUGUUGCUAAUAAUGAAAGUGCUUCUGAAACUGUUUCUGAAAUUCAAACAUUCUUUAAACGUCAAUUAAAUCAUGAAUUUUAUCUUGUCUCUAAAAAACCAGAAUAUGCAAAUUUGAAAAGAAAUCUUGUUGAUUUUGCUAAUCAUCUUAUAAGUAUUAGUGAAGAAAAUGGUUUAUUAUAUGAAAAUAUUGUCAUUAGUGAAGAUGAUGAAGAAGUUGAAGAACCAGAAGAUUCAAAUUUAAUGGAAGAUUUACUUAUAUGGUUAUCAUCAUUCUCCGUUUCUUAUAUUAGAUCGUUGAGAUAUGUAUCAACUUUAUUACUAUUGAAUAUUGAAAGUUCAUUAUGUCAAAGUAUUGUAAAAGUUAAUACAUCACUUGAAAAAUUUAAACAUCAAUUAGAAAAAGAACAAGAAAAAAGAACUAAAAAGCAAAAUAAGGCUCUUGAGAAAAGAAUUACACAAAUGGAAUCAAAUGUUAAUCAAUAUACUAAUCAGUCAUUAAUCUUGGAUAAUUUCAUUCAGGAUAUCUUGAAUACAACAUUCAUUCAUAGAUUUAAAGAUAUUGAUUACCAAAUCAGAGUUGAAGCUAUGUCAUCAUUAGGUGAUUGGAUGGAUUUAUAUCCAGAAUUGUUUUUCAAAGUUACAUAUUUAAAAUAUUUGGGUUGGGUUUUAUCAGAUGAAAAUCAACAUGUUAGAUUACAAGUUAUUAAAACUCUUAUUAAAUUAUUGAAAAAAAACAUUAUAGUAACUGGAUUAAGACAAUUUUUUGAAAGAUUCAAAAAUAGAAUUAUUGAAAUUGCAUUCCAUGAUGUCGAUAGAAAUGUUAAAACUAAUGCUAUUAACUUAUUAAAUGAAAUCAAUAAGAUUGGAUUUUUGGAAGAUGAAGAAAUAGGCCAAAUUACUUCAUUAAUUUUCACAUCAAAAGAUCCAAAAAUUAUAAAAUUAGUUUCAAAAUUCAUAAAUACUGUGGAAUCUGAAAAUACAAAAGCAACUUUAGAUGCACUUACUGUUAAUAUCAAGACAAGUGAAAAUUCUUUCCCACUUGAUUUGAAAGAAGUUAUCAAGAUUCAUAAUUUAAUUGAAAUUUUAACAGUUGCUAGUGAUGCUGAAAAUCAAAUUGAUGAACAAGAAAACCAACUUGUUCAAUCUAAUAAAUUAAAACCUUCACCUUUUGCUAUUGCUGGUAAGGAAUUAUUUGCAUUACCAGCUUAUUCUGAUCAUUGGGAAUUUUUGAUAAGAUACUUUUUAUUAGAUAUAGAUUCAACUGACCUGGUUGAUGAUGAAUUAUCCAAAGCUAUAACUUUAACAGCUGAACAAGAAACUGUUUUAUUUGGUGUGAUACAUGGUGCUUUAAUCCAUUUGAAAGAAACUAAUGAAGAAUUAAAGAAAAAAAAUAAAGAAGUUGAUGAUUCUCAAUUACAAAAAUUAAUUACACAUUUACCUUUAUUAUUGAAAAAAGUUCAUAAUGAAGAACAAAAUUUAUCAACAUUUAUUCAAAUCCUUUUACUUUAUCCAGUUGAAUUUUUUGAAAAUUUUAAUCAAUCAAAUACUUAUAAAACUAUAUUUCAACAAUUAAUUAAACAAUUUAAAAAUAAUUCAGUUGAUGGUUUACAAAAUGAAUUUAAAGAAAUUUUCAAAGUCUUGGAAAAUACGUUUGGUUCAACUACAGUUGAUGAAAUCAAUUCAUUAUUUAAAGAUUUAGUAACAGAAUUAAUCAUUGAAUUUGAAAAUUAUGUUAAAGAUCCAUCUUUUGAAUUAUCCAAGACUUCUAUUGAAACUUUACAUGAAGAUUUUGUAUUAAAAUUAUUAUUAUUAAGUCUUAAAUAUGAUACAAGUGAUGUUUUCAAAACUUUUGAAUAUAUUAGAAGUAAAGUUUUCACUAUAUUCCCAGAUUUUAAAAUUGAAUCAAUUUCAUCAGAAACUGCAACUUCAUUAAUUGAAUUAUAUCUUACUGCAACUUCAUAUAAAUUAAAUUAUUUGAUACAUACACAAGAAGAACUUGAUAUUGAAAAAGAAUUAAAAGAAAUUCCAGAUAUAAUUCAAGAAUAUCAAUAUUUAUUAAAUCAUGUACCAGCUUCUGAUUUCCAAACUAAAGUUGUCUUUGCCUUAACAAGUCUUUUAACAUUAUUGAAAAACUUCUUUGUUGAUCCAAAUCCAGCAUUACUUAAUGUUAAUAGAUUUCAUGAUAUUGAUUUAGCUUCAUUAGCAAUUUCAGAGGAAACAACAAAAGUUAUUUUAAAUCUUUUCUUAACAAAAGAAGCAUAUUUCGCUAAUUUAGUUGAUAUUGAUUUAGAAAGAGAUGAUGAUGAAGAUGUUAAUUUCAAUUCUAUUAAAGUUGAUACUAGUGAUUUAGAUGAUCAAGAAUUAACACAAAGAGAAUUUGAAGUUGAUCUUGAUCUUUCUUUAUAUAGUGCAAAAUUAUUAGAUUUUGGUGAAACUGGAUUAUUAGAUAGAAAAGUUUUGAAUAGAAUUAAGUUAAACAAGGAAAGUUUAAGUGAAUUAUUUGAAAGUGUUGUGGAAAGAUAUGAACAAAAGAAAACAACUAAUGGUGAUUCUAUUGUUACACCUCAACCUCAACAACAACCUACACAACAACAAUCAAAAUCAAAAUCUGCUUCUUCAAAUAGAAAAUCCAUUGCUAAAUUACCAAGUACUCAAGAAGAAGAAGUUGAAGAUGAAGAAGAUAGUGUUCCAGAAAUCGCUAUGGAUGAUUAA